AUGUCGGAGCUUUCCUACAGAAACUCUACAGCAGGUGGUGUCACUCCGAUUGUUAUAGUAUUGACCAAGGCUCUAUCCACUGUGCCACCUAGCUACCCCCCACCACAUGUGUUUCAAACAAGUGAUACUGGCCUCCUGGCUAUUCCUCAAACAAGAAUCCAGAAAUCACUGGCCGGAAGUGCAAACACCAACUCUUCCAUUGGCCCUAGUGGUGACCAUAGUGAGCUGGUCACCAGAAUUUCCAACCUAGAGGCAGAGAAGCAGAGCCUUCAGAGUGUGAUUCAGGACCUACAGGUCACUAUCUCCAGGCUCAACACCCAGCGAUGCACCCAGGAGAAAUGCUCUCCCCCCUACUGCCCUCUGGCUCCUCAGACUCAGUAUGUGUCCCCUAUGCAGAUGACAAAGCCGCCCACAAAAACAACCACUAAGAAGGCAGUCACCCCAGCAGAGGGUGAUGAGGAAGAUGAUGAUAUUGACUUAUUUGGUAGUGAUGAUGAGGAAGAAGGCAAGGAAGCAGUGGAGAAACAGCUUUGGCAAUAUGCAGAGAAGAAGGCCGAGAAGACAGGACUGAAAAAGUCUUCUAUCCUCCUAGAUGUCAAGCCAUGGGAUGAUGAAACAGACAUGGAAAAGUUGGAGGAGUGUGUCUGCUCCAUACAGCUGGAUGGACUAGUCUGGGGAGGCUCCAAGCUGGUACCUGUGGGCUAUGGCAUUCAGAAGCUGCAGAUCCAGUGUGUGGUAGAGGAUGACAAGGUGGGCACAGACAUCCUGGAGGAAGAUAUCACCAAGUUCAAUGAUUUUGUGCAGAGCAUUGACAUUGCUGCUUUCAACAUGAUCUAA